UACCGGCCCACCCAUCUCCAUUGCACCUGCUAUACCGGCCCACCCGUCUCCAUUGCACCUGCUAUACCGGCCCACUCGUCUCAAUUGCACCCUAUUCUCCGGCCCCCUCGUCUUCAUUGCACCUUAUGUACCGGCCCACUCGUCUCCAUUGCACCUCAUUUACCGGCCCACUCGUCUCCAUCACACCCCAGUUCCCCGGCCCACUCAUCUAUAUUGCACUCCAUUCCUCCGGCCCACUCAUCUAUCACACACUGGAUUCACUACUACUAUUCAUAAUUUCCUAUAUAGUACAUUGCUAUACUACCAUCUAUACUAUAUACACCCGGCCCAUCCGUUUGCCUUGGACACUCCACCCCCUUGGCCCACUCGUCUAACACAGUACAAUUAUUGCCAUGGGCCGGCACCAGGUGGCCCGUCUCUAUUGGUACAUUGUCACGCCCGGCUGCCCGUCUGAGACAGGUGAAUUCACUGAAGGGGCUCAUGAAGCACCGUGCUAUGGGAUUGCCUGCGUUUACACACCCGCAUCGAAGUGGAGGAAAGGAUACGGGCAGCACAUGAUGCGCCUGUUGCACUGGGUUCUCUCAUCAUGUGACGAGUUUCUCGAGUUUCCAACGGAAUGGGGUGCCCCGCCACCCAAGAUGAAUGGUGCGGGUAAAGCUGCAUUUUCAGUAUUGUACAGUGCGGUGGGAGAGGAUUUCUACAGAGAUGCAGGACCACAGGCACAGGGUAAGGGCGGUGGGUGGGAGGUACGAGCACCGUGGUCUUGGGCGUGGGGAGUGCCAGGUCGGAUAGAGACAGGGAAAGAAAUUGCGGGGAGAGUUGAGGAGGCGCCCAGAUGGAAGUGGGUAGAAGAGGGAGAUUUAGAUGAGAUGUGGAGGGAAGAUGGGAUUCUCAUGAAGGUCAGCUUGGAGGGCGCACCGGGGUCUGAUCCCUCGUACAAGACUUUGAGUCUGACAGCAGUUGUAUCGGCGCUUCCGAAUGAAGGCAUUGGUUCAUUCCAUGUGGUGCGCUCGCUGCUCAUAUCUGAGCAUGCAGUCCCGUUAAAGGUGUGGGGAAUAAGAAAGAUUAUUAAGGGUAAUGAGAAGCCGGAAACGUAUGCGACAUGGGCUGCAGACAUGCAGUUUGCUCUGACGCUGAUCGUGACACGGGUAGCUGCGACAAGAGAGACGUUCCCAGAGCUGUUGGAAAAGAUGAAAGAAGUAGCUCGGAGCGCAGGACUGGCAAAGGUGGAGGUGUGGAACUUACCAAGGAACUUGGAUGGGCUUGCGGAGGGGGAGGGAAACAGUGACGGCAAGAAGCAGAUUCAGAAGCUGGAGAUCCACCUGUGCAGCAGUGGCGGUGAAUCCUCGCAAAACGCUGCCGACAAUAGCUGA